AUUGACAGACAUUUAAAGGACUUAAUAAUACUGACGACUGGCGUCCAAACCCUGUCUUUGGUCUCCAAUUAUAUAUGGAUUUUAUGGCUUUUUGCCCCGGGUCGUGCCCUAUACAUGUUAUGGGUGAACAUAUUAGGACCCUGGUUCUUCCAACAGCCCGAUCAACAGCAGGUCGACGCCGACGACAAGAAGCAGAAAAAGUUGGACCGAAGGAUGCGACGAAUGCAAUGA